CCUAUCUUAAAAGGACAAAAAAAAAAGAAAAAAAAAUUAGCAUUAAAAAUGGACAGAAAACCUAGAUGUUGAGUCCAGAAAGCCAAUGGGGAGGGCAUUAUUUGGUAGUGGGACAGGGCAAGAUUACCAGGUUGGGUUUUCAGUGGAAACUUGAGUUCAUGAAUUAAGCAACAGGUACCAGGCAGGACAGUCUUGUUUGGUACUGACUGACAGCAUUUGCCGCCUUGUCUUGCAAAGGGCAGCUUCAUGCAGUGGUCUGGAGCACAGCUUGGGUUCAGCAUGUGUCUCUCUACUUCCUGGUAAGGGAGGUGAGUGAGGUACUUAACAUCUCUGUGCCUCAGUUUCCUUAUCUGGAAAGUGGGAACAACGAUAGUAUUUGUAUCACAGGAUUGACAUGAAGUUUAUAUGAGUCACUCACAUAUAACUAUCCCGGGCUGAUCAAUCCCCUAAUCAUCUGGGCGAGGCUACAAAGAAGGACAAGAGACAGAGGCCAUAAUUUAGAAUGCAAAGGGAACUCAGAGGGUCAGAGCUCUUAUGAGGCUGAGAGCAAGAGUCUCUGAACUCUUCGCUCUUUACUGAAUGCACACAGCUUUUCCAGGGAGCGUGUAGGGAGGUCCCGAGAACAGCAGAGUGGAGGGCCCUGAUGCGAGCAAGGUCUAGUAAGAGACAAAGCGUUACGCCGCUGAUUAAUAGGAAACUUAUUUUACCCUUGGCUUAGUAUUUACUUCUGUAGAAUUUUGUACCAGAGGCAGAGGGACCUCAGCUGAAAUGCUAUCUUGCCUUCUGAGACAUCGCAGCGUCCCAGCUCAUGGAGACCUCCACUGAGACCAGUGGCCAGUGAGAAUUUUGUUUCCUCAUGCCAACUGCUAGCUCGUCAGGCCAGGCACAUAGGCCUAGACAGAUCCAGACUUUUAAUAUAGAAAGCUAAUUUAUGGAUUUGUAGCUCACUCAGGGUGGUUUCCAUCAAUAACGCGCUUCACGUGGGGCCUGGCAGAGCGAGUGCUGAUGAGCAUUGCCACUGUUUGUGUGCCUGGCUCUGCUAGACCACGGCGCUCCCGAGUGCAGGGAUGGAACCCUUUCUGGCUGCACCCUCUCUUGAAUCUGGCACAGGCUCAGAGGCAAAGCUGGCUCAUUGUCUGCUCAAUGGAUGAAUGUAGGAAAGGAUGGGUUUUUCUUUGCUUUUUUCUACAGGGCUGGGGAUGGAUGCCAGGGGCCUUCACAUACUAGGCAAGCGCUCUACCACUGAGCUAGGUCCCUAGCCUGCUUUAGUGUAUGUUGAGAUGAGAUCUUGCUAGGUUGUCCAGUCUGGCCUUGAUCAUUUGUUCUCCUGCCUCAGCCUCUUGGGUGGCUGGAGUACAGAAAAACGUGGAGGCAGCAGUGAGGGAAAGGAAGUUGGCUUAGGGUGUGACUUUGGGGUUCCAUGGGAAAUGAGGGUAGGUGCAGUCUUGAGGGCCUUGAGUGCAGUGAUUAGGGGGUAGAUUCAAUUUAUUUGGAAUUAGCAAUCGUGGGCCGUGGGAGGAGGGGCUGCGAAGUGGGGGUGUGGCUGAGGGAUAGGAGUGUUCCUAUAGGAUUGGUUAUUGCCUGGGGACUUUUAGGGAAGAAGUUGCUUUCUGAGCUGGGCCUUGGAGGGUAUGAAACGUGAUCCGGAUGUUAGUACAUUUUUCUUUCAUUCAGUAAAUACUCCGCCAGCUGCUUGCUAAGUACCAGGGUUCACAAAAUAAUGAGACAAACUUCCUACUCUCAUUAAUGAUUUUAAUGGCCAUAAGGAGUUUUAUACCAAAGGACAGUCCAAUGGUAGGACUCAAAUAGAGAAGUUGGGGGUUCAGGGAAAUCAUCACAGAGGAAGUGGAUUUUGAGGGAUGCGUGGGAGUUUUCUGGGUAGGCAAGAUGAGGGAAGUGUCUCAGGCAAAGUGUCUCACCACCUUGUGCAAGGCUACAGACACUUGAAGCAGCAGCCCCGGGGCUUUGGUGAAGCUGUGGCUGGAUUUGGUUGACCAGCGUAUUGUGGUUGAGCAGUAAAGCUGCAGAAGGAGCAGGGACCAGACCGUAUAGGGUAACAAAGUCAGCGGGAGCCCCUGGCAACUCUGAAGAGGCUAUCGAUAGAGGCAGUGGGUUGGUAAGGUCAUUGUCACCACCAGGUUAACAAUGAUAGUGGCGCAAACCUAGGGGUGGAAAGAGCCUGUCCCCACGUGGUGUGUUCGUGACAGGUUUGUGUGUUAGGGGAGAUAACAGCUGGGGCUGCCGGUUGGAGCCUGAGCUGGAGAGGAAGUGGCGGAGGUAGGAGCCUUAUGAAUGAAUGCAGUCCUCAGACAUUUACCGGGCAACUGCUAUGUGACAUGCUAAGGGCCUAGAAUACAUCAGGAAACAAAGCGUUCUUGCUCUCCUAAGGCCAGAGCUGAGAUCCUGUCUAGGACAAUUAAAGUCAGUGUAAAGACAAAGGUAUGGAGAGGAGGGAGACCGAGGCAGCCAGGCUCCCACUGCUGCUGCUGGGGACAGGGAGGACACCAGGCUCCUAAAUUUGCACUGGCCUCUUUCCCAGCUCCCUUCCCAGUCUUCCAGCCGUGGCCAUGGCAGCAGCCCAGAAAUCCAGCCACCUACUGUCCAGCCAGUGGCACGCUGGCCAGGAGUCUCUGCAGCUCGAGCCCUUUUUCACGGUGGACCGAUCCCAGGUGCCGCCCCUCUUCUGGAAGCCGUACAUCUAUGUGGGCUACCGGCCGCUGCAUCGGACCUGGAGCUUCUACUUCCGCACGCUGUUCCAGCAGCACAACGAGGCCGUGAACGUCUGGACACACCUGCUGGCCGCGCUGGGGCUGCUGUUGCGGCUGGCCGUCUUUGUGGGGACCGUGGACUUCUGGGGAGACCCCCACGCCCUGCCCCUCUUCAUCAUCGUCCUUACCUCCUUUACCUAUCUCUCCUUCAGCUCCCUGGCGCACCUCCUGCAGGCCAAGUCCGAGUUCUGGCAUUACAGCUUCUUCUUCUUGGACUACGUGGGGGUGGCCGUGUACCAGUUUGGCAGUGCGCUGGUGCACUUCUACUAUGCCAUCGAGCCUGCCUGGCAUGCCCAGGUGCAGGCCAUUUUCCUGCCCACGGCUGCUUUUCUUGCCUGGCUUUCCUGCAUCGGCUCCUGCUACAGCAAGUACACCCAGAAGCCGGGUUUGCUGGGCCGCAUUUUCCAGGAGUUGCCCCAGGUGCUGGCCUAUGCCCUAGACAUCAGCCCCGUGGUGCACCGCAUCCUGGUGUCCCCUCACCCUGCUGCAGAUGACCCUGCUCUUCUCUACCACAAGUGCCAGGUGGUCUUCUUCCUGCUGGCUGCUGCCUUCUUCUCCACCGUCAUGCCCGAGCGCUGGUUCCCCGGCAGCUGCCACGUCUUUGGGCAGGGCCAUCAAGUUUUCCACGUCUUCCUGGUGCUGUGCACUCUGGCUCAGCUGGAAGCUGUGACGCUGGAUUACGAGGCCCGGCGGCCCAUCUAUGAGCCUCUGCAUACCCGCUGGCCCCACAAUUUUUCUGGUCUCUUUUUGCUCACUGCGGGAAGCAGUGUCCUCACCGCGUUCGUUCUCAGCCAGCUGGUGCGGCGCAGGCUAGAUCAGAAGACCAAGUGAGGCGGACGGCAGCUAAUAGGGAGGGCGUGCAGUGGGGUCUGGGGUCCGGGCUUGGCUCCAGAUAGGAACAAGGCCUGGCAAAGUUGUUUGUGUCUGACCCGCACCGACUCUGCACACAGCUCAACUUCCAGGGUGGCGCUGUCCAGGCCUUGGACUCGGGGACUGGCCAGGAGCUGCUGGACUCAACUCGGGGCCUGCCCAGCUCCUUCCCCUAGAAGAAAGAGCGAAGGCUGUGGGCCACUGUGGCCUGUCCUUUCACUGCCUUCACAAGGGUGGGGGUCAGUUUGGGUCAGGACCCAGGUUUGGGGCUUUCAGGUUGCCUGGGUAGAAGAUAAAAAACAUAGGCUGGAGUCAGAUUUGAGCUGGAGGAAGGGGAGGCCUCAGCAGGCCACUCUACCCCCAUUGCGCUGGCAGAAGGGAAAGGGCAGGCCCAAAUACCUAUAGGAUCUUACAGUCCCUGAGCCUGGAUUGCCAAGCUCCGGAGAACCCGAAAAAGUAGAAGAUUGUGCCAGACAAUCCCAUUCAGUGCCCUGUACCCCUGCAGUCACCACCCCAGACAGUGAGCCCCCAGUCUCCUAGCUCUGGCCGGUGUCCCACACAGCUGUUCCCAGAUUCUUUCCCAGUUCCCUUGUUCAUGAUUCAACUAAUUUGUUCAGUGCUUCCUAGGCCUCUGCUCAAAGGCAGCCAUUGGCUGGGCCCUGUGGAUUAGUGCAGGAUGACCACGCCUUUAAAGCCAGAAUGAAACUGCCAAAGGGAGCACUGAGAUGAGAAUAAUCUGUAUUGCCUGGGGUUUGGGGCUGGGAAGAAUGAAUAGGAGUCUGCAGACAGAUGGGUGUGCUAGACAGGGAGUGGGGGAAGCCUGUACAAGGGUCCAGAGGUACAGAAGGAGUUCAGUACUCCAGCGGCUGGAGCCAGGGGUGGGCUGGUCUGAUAUGUACUGGAUACAAUAAAGUGACUGUGACAACUGCUGA